CUUUUUCUUGCAUCAGUCAUCUUCAUUUUUUUAUUUUCAUCUCCCAUGUCUUGAAGAAAAUACCCUGGGAGUCCCGCUCUCCGAUGGGUCUCGGCGCAACGAUAAUCGCGGUUUGUGUGUCGCUGACUGUUUUGGCGGGUUUGUUUUUGGGUCUGAGAUUGUAUUGCAAGGUUAUUCGACGGAGGGGGUUUUGGUGGGAUGACCAUAUCUUGAUUGCGGCGUGGGUCUGCCUGGCUAUCGGUACCGGUCUCGUCAUCUACAACGUCACUCUCGGUUUCGGCAAGGACCAGUCAGACGUCGAUCCAGCCGUUGUACCGACAAUCGCCCUUACUGGGACCAUAUUUGGUAUUUUCGGAGUUUUAUCUGCAUCAUGGAGUAAAACGUCAUUCGCCCUAACACUGAUACGAUUGGUUGAUGGCUGGAUGAGCUGGUUUCUCUGGUUUCUCAUCAUCUCGACAAACAUCAUCAUGGAUCUGGUUAUUAUAUUCUCUUUUGUAAAGUGUACGCCUGCAAAGAAGGUCUGGCAUUCGAAUUUGGCUGGAACGUGUUGGAAUCCUAUGGUUGCGACGUACUAUAAUAUCUUUGCUGGGGCUUUCUCAGGCUUUGUUGACCUCGUUCUCUGCGUAAUUGCCUGGGCGAUUAUUUGGAAACUCUCGAUGCGGACACGAGAGAAAAUCGGCGUUGGAAUUGCUUUGACCUUUGGCAUCUUUGCCGCCGCAGCCGCUGCCGCAAAAUGCUACAAGAUGCUUGGCCUGAGCAGCAAGAAUCGAACUUUGGACCGAGUUGGCAUCAUCAUAUGGAGUACUACCGAGUGUGCCAUCACAAUUAUGGCAGCCUCCAUUCCCGUCAUGCGCAUUCUCAUACUACGUGUUUACCGCCGGACUCCCGAUCAAGUAUCAAAUCGACCUCUGCGCACUCUUCGCAUUAUCAGCACGAGGGACAAGAGAGCUUCGACAAACUAUACGAUGCCAAGCUAUAAUACAGAAGAAGGUCUGCAUAUGGUAACAGAAGAAGGCUUUAGAGACCUUAAUCUGCCAUCGCGGACAGUAUCAGCAAGACGGAAUGAUAUAGGUCUGUAUGAGAUGCACAGAAACGGUUAAUAUGACUUAAUAUAGAU